AUGGUUUCAUUCAAGCAGCUUUCUCUCACCGCCGCUGUCGCCCUCAGCAUUGCUGAGACCGCAGUCGCUCUUCCCAUUCGCAGUAGUGGCAACGAUGCUGAUCUUGCCGCUCGCGAAACCGAGUCAGUUGCCAAGCGAGCGUUCCACAAGAACCUGUUCAACAACUCAUUCAAGGCUCUGAACCUGGGCAACGCCAUCGCCGGCAUUGUCAUGUCUGAACGUGACAAUGAGGAGCGUGCAGUGGAGGAGGAAGUCGAAGAGCGUGACUUUGAGGAAGACCUCGAGGAGCGUGACUUCGAGGAGGAACUUGAGGAGCGUGACUACUACGAGGAAGAGCUCGAAGCCCGUGAUUACGAGGAUUACCUUGAUGAGCGUGAUUUCGAUGACUACCUCGAGGAGCGCGACUUUGACGAUUUCCUUGAGGAGCGUGAUUUUGACGAUUACCUCUACGAGCGUGACUUCGAGGAUUACCUCGAGGAACGUGCUCUGGAGGAGCGCGCCCGAAUCAGCCCCAACAUCGGCGAGAACAUUGGUAAUGGAUUAGAUGCCGCUUAUACUAUCGCUACGACAUACGGCACCAUCAAGAACGCCAUCAAGUCCAUGGGUGGUGGCGGUGAGGGUAAGCGCGGUUUGGAGGAGCUCGAGAGGCGUGCCUUUGAGGACCUUGUUAGGGAGCUGUACUAUUAA